AUGGGUGAAGUCGGGUAUCAUAAGCGGGCUGGGUUCAAGCAGAUGAGCUGUUUUCCAUUUGGCCCAAUAUCAGAUAUCACCUACCGUCUUCAGGACUAUGGACACGAUAGUCUCAACCAGACCCGGGUCAUGGCUAUGGAUCAUGCUUCAUUCUAUCACGCAUAUACCAUCUCGUAUAUGUGCACGGAUGCAAGGUUAGGAUCGAUAUUCAUUUCCUUUGUCACUGGCCUAGUCCAAGACCCUACACCCUAUCAACUCAUCGCUCUCUGCAAAGUGCUCACUCUUCAGCCCCGCAAUAGGCCCGAUUAUUGA